AUGUCCGGCUCGGAAGAGGGCGCCGCUGUGCCUGCGGGUCAGAAGAGCUCGUGGGGUGGUUUCAUCAAGCAACUCGCCUCAUUCAAUGGCGACCUCUCCACCAUGACAGCGCCAGCCUGGAUCCUCUCCACGCAAUCCCUCACCGAAUUCUCCUCCUACUGGGCCGAAAUGCCCCGCCUCCUCGUCGCGCCCGCGCAAGAGAAAGACCCCCAAAAGCGCGCAAUGCUGGUGCUGAAAUGGUUCCUGAGCACGCUGAAGCAGCAGUACGCCAGCCGCAACGAGAAGCUCGGCAGCGAGAAGAAGCCGCUGAACCCGUUCCUGGGCGAGCUGUUCCUGGGCCGCUGGGACGACGAGGCGGGCGAGACGCAGCUCGUCAGCGAGCAGGUGUCGCACCACCCGCCCGUCACGGCGUACAGUAUCUGGAACAAGAAGCACGGGGUGCGACUCCAGGGCUACAACGCGCAGAAGGCGAGCUUUGGACGCACGAUCAAUGUGCGUCAGGUCGGGCAUGCGAUUCUGCACAUCGAUGAGUUUGAUGAGGACCAUUUGAUCACGCUGCCGAGUCUGCAUAUUGAGGGGCUCAUCACGGGGGCGCCAUACGUGGAGCUCAACAAGUCCAGCUAUAUCGUGUCGUCUUCGGGGUAUACGUCGAGGAUAGACUACACGGGUGCGGGAUGGGUGUCCGGGAAGAAGAAUACGUUGGCAGCGACCCUCUUCCCGCACGGCAAGGAGAAGAGCAAGAGCGACGUCCUGUACAAGGCAGAGGGCAGCUGGACGGACCAUUUCACCAUCAAAGAUGCCAAGGGCGGCACGGUCGAGACGUACAACGCAAAGAAAGAGCCCAAAACCGAGCUCAAAGUCGCCGACAUCGAACAGCAAGACCCCCUGGAGUCCCGGCGCGCGUGGAAGAAAGUCGCAGACGCGAUCCUGAAAGCCGACAUGAACACGACGUCGGCGGAGAAGAGCAAGAUCGAGGAGCACCAGCGGUCGUUGCGGAAGAAGGAGCAGAAGGACGGCCGGGACUGGGAGAGGGUUUUCUUCGCCAAGGUGGAGAAGCUGCCGAUUUUGGAGAAGUUGAUUCGCGAGGUGCCGCAUGGGAGUUCGGAGCAGGAUCAGACGGGGGGGAUUUGGGUGUUUGAUCAGGAGAAGGCGAAGAAUGCGAAGCCGCCGUUUAGUCCGUUGAGCGAGGAGUUGAAGGAUGGGUGGUAG